AGCAAAUCCAAAGGCUUUGGAGGUCAUCGUUUUGUGCGCCAUGUCCGACGUUUGUCGGCACUUCCUCGAGGGCAAGUGCAACUACGGUGACGCCUGCAACUUCAAGCAUCCAGUGGCAGACGACAGGCCGGUGUGCCGCCAUUUCCUGGAGGGCAGGUGUACCUAUGGCGACCUGUGCCGGUUUCAGCACGCAGGGCCCGCGGAGCCGCGGCCACUGUUGGCGCAGAGGCCUUCUAUGAGCAGCUCAUGCCCAGGGCCAUCGAGAAGUGCUACCGAGGAUAGACGUCAGAUCCGAGCGGCGCUCAUGUCCUUGGCAGCUGCACAGCCCGCGAUGAUGGACAGUCCAAUCUGCCGGCACUUCCUAGAGGGCAAGUGCACUUACGGCGAUGCCUGUCGCUUUCCUCACGCGAACGGUCUGGAAAGAUCAACAGCAUCGCCAGCUCGUGCCGUGCAGCCCGCGAUGGACAACAGUCCAAUCUGCCGGCACUUCCUAGAGGGCAAGUGCACUUACGGCGAUGCCUGUCGCUUUCCUCACGCGGACGGUCUGGAAAGAUCGACAGCAUCGCCAGCUCGUGCCGUGCAGCCCGCGAUGGACAACAGUCCAAUCUGCCGGCACUUCCUAGAGGGCAAGUGCACUUACGGCGAUGCCUGUCGCUUUCCUCACGCGGGCGCGACAACAUUGCCAGCUCCUGCCGUGCAGCCCGCGAUGGACAACAGUCCAAUCUGCCGGCACUUCCUAGAGGGCAAGUGCACUUACGGCGAUGCCUGUCGCUUUCCUCACGCGACUCCUGCCGCACAGCCCGCGAUGGACAACAGUCCAAUCUGCCGGCACUUCCUAGAGGGCAAGUGCACUUACGGCGAUGCCUGUCGCUUUCCUCACGCGGGCGCGACAACAUUGCCAGCUCCUGCCGUGCAGCCCGUGAUGGAGAACAGUCCAAUCUGCCGGCACUUCCUAGAGGGCAAGUGCACUUACGGCGCUGCCUGUCGCUUUCCUCACCCGGCUUCUGCCGUGCAGCCCGCGAUGGACAACAGUCCAAUCUGCCGGCACUUCCUAGAGGGCAAGUGCACGUACGGCGAUGCCUGUCGCUUUCCUCACGCGGGCGCGGUGGCGAGCUACGGGCCGGUGAGGAUGCAGCGAAUUCCGCGCAGCUCUCCGAUGGACAACGGAAGGAUCCGACACGAACCUCUCCUCAUCAAGGAGCAGCCAGGGCGAGGUGACGGAGACUUCAUCGCGAGGACACUCCAGAAAAGGUUUGCCGUCACUUCCUGGUUGGCAAGUGCACCUACGGUGACCUCUGCUCCUUCAGCCAUGUCUUUCAGGAGACGUCCAUGGAGGAUCUCAUGCCAGAUACGCUUCAUGGGGACAGGCCUGUGUGCCGACACUUCUUGCUGGGCAAGUGCACCUACGGCGAAAUUUGCAGAUUUGAGCAUCCGAUGAACACCUGAGCAUCAGUAGCGUGAGCGUUUCCCGCAAAGGGAAACGGUGAAAAAGCGCCAAGCGCGUUUUUUUUCUGCAACUUUGACACGGGUUGCGCUUGCCUAACUCAAUGUAUGCGCCAAGACAGAAAAUAUU